AUGCAUAAAGAAGAAGAUUCCAGAAGCGAUAACUCUACAGAUUUUUUAGAUACAUCUGACAGUUCAGGAUUUGACACAGAUAACACGCUGGAAGAGAGUGAAGACCUAGCAAAAAAACGGAAGACAGGCCGGGGGAGACCAAGAAAGUUGUCAUUAGAUAGUUUUGAGAGUAAGAGGCAGAACCCUUCAGGUCACUUGGAAAAGGUGCAGGAGCUUCUUAAAGGACUGGAGCAGGAGGUGGACACGUGCUUGGAAACGCCGCUCACUAAAUCCGAGAGGCGCCCGCAGAAGGAAAAAAUAGAGCUACAAGACCCAAUUCAAGGGGGAAGAAUUAUGCUGCCACAGAGCCCAUUUCUAAACCCUAAGAUACACAUACCAAUAAACCUCCAGGGCGCAGAGAACCCGGAAAAGGCAGACCUGCAGGAAAAGAUACACAACUAUCAGUAUGUUAACAAGGGGCUUGCAAGCACUAUUCAGUACCAGAUGUAUCUGAACAAUCUUGUGCUUAUGAACAAAAUAGCUGGCAAGCCAAAGAGUGUGGAGAGGCAUGUGGAAAAGCCAGUGGAGAGACAGGAGAGCCCAGAGGUUGUGCACAGCAGUGACUUUGGCGGAGAUGUGGUCAGAAAGCCCAGAAGAAAGUCUGCCAUCUCAUCAAAGUCAAUUCGGCUGGAUGAGGAGGAAGAUAAUGAAGAGGAGGUAGAUGAGAGCAUAGCAGAGGAAGAGCCCAUGGAAGAGGAUAAUGUAGAAAAAAUACUUUCGUACAAUGAGCCUGAAAAUGCAUUUUAUGUGAAGUAUCGAGGAAAGUCGUAUCUGCACUGUGAGUGGGUACCACAGAGCGUGCUUACUGAGACCAAGACAGGAGAGAUGCGGCUCAAGCGGUUCCUUAAAGCCCCGAUAGUGCAUGCAGAUGAUGCGGACUUGUUUGACCCAGAUCUUAUUGCAGUUGAAAGAAUAAUAGCAGAAGAAGAGGAGUAUAUUGAUGAGAACACCAAAAGAAAGAUUUAUUUGACUAAGUGGAAAAAGUUUCCCUAUGAGUCUUCAACCUUUGAGUACUAUGACCACCUUUCAGACUGCGAAGGGUUUGAGCAGGCACACGGAGAUUUUAUUAAAAGAAGGGAGAAGGUUUACAAUGGAGUCACUCCAAUUGGAUGGAGGCCUUCAAGAGACAGAGUGCCAGAGUCUUUUGUUUUUAAGGGCGGAAGAGAGCUGCGUGCGUAUCAGAAGGAGGGAGUCUCCUGGCUGGUUAAUAAGUGGCUGUUUAGGCAGAGCUGUAUUCUUGCAGAUGAAAUGGGACUGGGAAAGACUGUGCAGAGUGUAGCAUUUGUGGACACUAUUAUAAGCAAGUGCGGGCUGAAGAGGCCGGCGCUGGUAGUAGCUCCUCUGUCAACAAUUCCACACUGGGAAAGGGAGUUUGCAGCCUGGACAGAUCUGCGGGUUCUUGUAUAUCACGGGUCACAGCCAGCAAGAGAAAUAAUGCUGGACUUUGAGUUUAGGACACCUGCAGGACAGCUUCUGUUUGACGUCAUUCUUACAACAUAUGAAAUGGCAAUUGCUGGAGUAGAGCAUCUUUCUUCUAUAUCGUUUGGAGUGAGCGUCCUGGACGAGGCCCACAGACUGAAAAACAGCAGAAGUAAGGCAGCGCAAACACUUCGGUCAAUCGAGGUGGAUCAUAAAGUCCUUCUCUCCGGAACACCGCUACAAAACAACCUUUCAGAGCUUUGGUCACUUCUGAACUUCAUUGAUGAGGAGAAGUUCCCUUCCCUAAAAUACUUCCUUGAUGCGUACAAGAUGGAAGAGGCCGACGAUGUUGAGAGAAUCCAGCUUUUACUCAAGCCGCUGAUGCUUCGUCGUAUGAAGGACGAUGUUGAGAGCAUCCCAGUAAAAGAGGAGACAAUUGUAGAGGUUGAGCUGACAAUGAUUCAAAAAAGAUUCUACAGAGCAAUACUUGAAAAGAACAUGGAAUUCCUGGGCGCAGCUGGAUCCUCUACUCCAAAUCUACUGAAUAUUAUGAUGGAGCUGAGAAAGUGCUGUAUUCACCCGUAUUUAAUAGCCGGCGCGGAAGAGCAGAUUCUUAUGGAGAAUGGGCAGGAUAUAUCACAGGAGAUGGGGGAUAGAAACGAGUACUACCGUAUUCUUAUACAGAGCAGCGGGAAGCUUGUGUUCUUGGAUAAGCUGCUUGCAAAGCUGCAUAAAAGCCACAAGGUUUUAGUAUUUUCGCAGAUGACAAAGUGCCUCGACCUAAUCGCAGAGUAUCUGCAGUAUAAGGGAUACCUAUACGAGCGAAUAGACGGCACUGUGCGUGGUGAUGUGCGUCAGGCAUCAAUUGACCGAUUCAGCACGGAUGAGAACUCUUUUGUAUUUUUGCUGUGCACCCGAGCUGGUGGAGUCGGUAUUAACUUGACUGCUGCUGAUACUGUAAUUAUUUUUGACAGCGACUGGAAUCCGCAGAAUGACCUGCAGGCCCAGGCGAGAUGCCACAGAAUUGGGCAAACGGCGGAGGUGAAGAUAUACAGGCUGGUCACAAGAAACACCUAUGAAAGAGAGAUGUUUGACAGAGCAAGUCUGAAGCUGGGCCUGGAUAGGGCAAUUCUACAUAAGGAUAAGGAUAGAGACUCUGCGCACAACAGAAAAGGAAGGGUUGAGUCGCUGUUGAAAAAGGGGGCGUACGGUGUGCUCAUGGAGGCAGAUGAUGUGAACCAAAAGUUCUGUGAAGAAGACAUUGACAAAAUACUCGAAGGGCGUACUAGUGUAGUAAGACAUGAAGAUCAGAAAGGAAACGUGUUCAGCAAGGCCUCUUUCCAAGUGGCAGAAGAAAUAGACGAUCCAGACUUUUGGGAAAAUCUUCUCAUAAAAAGGCGUGCAGCAGAUGCUGAGAGCAGGCUUAGAAGAAUCCUUCGUAAAAUGGCGCGUGCCGGGCUUUUGUCUGAUGAGGAGAUUUCUGAAAGAGUUGCCACCGUGCAGAAGAUGAAGCUAGAAUUAGACGGGGCGGAUCUUAGUGACAAAACGAUAGAGCUUAAACAAGAAGCGCUAUCUGAUCUGCUUGUAGAACUGCGCGGAACAAAGGCUGAAGGGCUUACAAAAGGACAGGUUUCAAAGAGUAUCAGAAGAGCACUUAGAACUAUCACAGAGCAAGGAGUUAAAGACGACCUAAGCAUGGCACUGGAGUGGGCAAUCCAGAAAGAUGACGAGGAAAAUGAUGACAAAACAAUCCAACUUGCUGAAGGAGUAGAUGUGCAGCGGCUUCUUUUUAGAUGCCAGAUGAUUGAGCUACUUGAGCCAUACGAAGAAUCCAAAGGUGUUACUGAGAUAGAAUGGAAGAACUGGUCUAUUGAGGAUGACAAUCUCCUGGUAAGCCAGAUUCGCACUAAUGGAUAUGGUGUCUACAACAUACAAGCAGAUGAAAAGACCCGAGUAGGCCUAGUAAAGAGUGAAAAGGGAAAAGAAAUAGCAGUUUAUAAGGGAAGGUCUAAAGAAGAGCUAAAUUCACGCAUACGUAAGAUUCUUCUAGUAAUUAACAAAAAGGAAGACACAGAUGAAGAGCGGGAAAGCGUUUCUGCUGCAAUUGAACUCUUUGGAAGACCCACACAGAAAAACCGUGAAAGCAUUGUAAAAAUGUACAAAGGCAGGAAUAUCAUAACUGAGAUGACAAACAUGAUCGGCAUGAUAGAAGAGAACAUGAAAAAAAGACAAAGCCGGCGUAGUGGAUUUGAUGCAGAACUAGCAAAAGUGCUCACAAAUAAAAUAACUCUUUUCGACCGACUUGAGCUCAUCAGCGCAGGGCCAUUGCCUUCACUGCGAAAAACAACAGGUCUUCCCAGAGGAUGGGGUAAAGAAAAGGACAUGCUAAUGAUCCAGUCACUGCUUGCAGAAGGCCUUACUAAAGAAGUCUGUGAAACCCUUGGUGUAAGUGAAGAAGUAAUUAUGCGUAGAGCAGAGGCACUAAUUCGUCACCAGCAGAUUAAAAAUGACCAGGAAGAUGCACCAGAAAAGGCAGCUGCUUUUGAUUUGUAA